UCUAUGUCGAUGGAUUGCUUUCAUCGUCCCGGCCGAAGUAAUGUAGCCAAUUUCCACAUUGAACCAUCUUUUCGUUCUUGUAAAAUAAUUAUACACAACCAAGAGGCUUGACUGGGUUUUUUCUUAGUAAAAGCAGCCAUGUCAUAAAUUAUUUUAUAUAGCUGAGCUCUCUCGUCUUAGAUCCAAACAAGGAGAUAACGCAAAAAAUUAAAAAUAAAAUGCAGAGCUCCACAAUUUUAAUAACCCUGUGGCUGUUAGUAAUAGUCCUUUCCGUACUUAGCCUUAUAACUGAAGCUCGGCCGCCUACUUAUCUCUGGCACGUUUGUCCUAACACCACCACUUUCCCCAGAAACAGCACCUACCAAGCCAACCGUGAUACCCUCUUAACUUCGCUAUCGUCUAAUGGCAGCCGUGGUAAUGGUUUCUAUAACACAACCGCAGGCAGAAACCCUGACACGGUUUACGGUCUUUUCCUCUGCCGUGGGGAUCUUUCUACCAGCGUUUGUCAAGCGUGUGUCACCUUCGCCUCUACUGACAUUUCCCGACGUUGUCCUGUUGAAAUAGCAGCGGUGGUUUGGUACGACGAGUGCCUCCUACGAUACUCGGACGAAAAUAUAUUUUCCGCCGUGGCUGAAGAACCUGCAAUUAUCUUGUUCAACACUCAGAACAUCAGUGACCAAGUCCGUUUCGACAGCCAAGUUCAAGAAGUGAUGAGUGGUACAGCAACCCAAGCCGCAAACGCAGCACCAGGUGCUAAAAAAUUCGCGACUAGAGAGGCAGAUGCCAAUUUUACAUCGAGUUUUCGAACACUAUAUGUCCUUGCUCAGUGUACACCGGAUUUGCCAACCUCCGAUUGCGACAGAUGCCUGCGAUACGUAACUGGAAACCUUCCAAGAGGAAGCCAAAGAGGAAGAGUGUUGAGUCCUAGCUGCAACGUCAGAUAUGAAGUUUACUUGUUCUAUAAUCUAAAUCAAACAGCAGUUGCAUCUCCUCCACCUCCUCUAGUUCCAGAAGGGAAUGGCAGAAGAUCAUGGUCAAUAAUUAUUGCCAUUGUUGCUCCAAUUGCUGCCUUCAUUUUGCUUUUCAUACUGACUUGUUGGCUGUUAAAGAGGGGAACAAGGAAGUACAAUGCUACCCACGGAGAAAACGCAGGAUAUGACAUAACCACUAUAGAAUCAUUGAAGUAUCAUUUUACCACAAUUGAAGCUGCAACAGACAAGUUUUCAGAUGCCAACAAGCUAGGCAAAGGAGGUUUUGGUGAGGUUUACAAGGGUAUCCUACCCAACAAACAAGAAAUAGCUGUUAAGAGGUUAUCAAGAGGUUCAGGACAAGGCACUGAGGAAUUUGAAAAUGAGGUCGUAUUGAUAGCCAAGCUUCAACACAGAAAUCUAGUCAGCGUAUUGGGCUUUUGCCUGGAAAGAGGUGAAAAGAUACUUGUCUACGAAUAUGUUCCCAACAAGAGCCUUGACUAUUUUAUUUUUGAUCGUGCGGAGGAAGGACAAUUGGAUUGGUCGAGACGAUACAAGAUAAUUGGAAGAAUUGCUCGUGGAAUUCUUUAUUUGCACGAGGAUUCUAGACUUAGAAUCAUUCACCGUGAUCUCAAGGCCAGCAAUAUAUUAUUAGAUGGAGACAUGACCCCCCAAAUAUCGGAUUUUGGCAUGGCAAGAAUUUUUGGAAUUGAUCAAACUCAAGGAACCACUAGAAAGAUUGUUGGAACCUACGGCUAUAUGUCUCCAGAAUAUGCAAUGCAUGGGCAAUUUUCGAUGAAAUCGGAUGUGUAUAGCUUUGGUGUUUUAGUUCUAGAAAUCAUAAGUGGCCUAAGGAACAGAGAUUUCUAUGAAACAGAUGGUGCUGAGGACCUCAUUAGCUACGCUUGGAAACUAUGGAAGGAUGAAAGACCCUUAGAAUUGUUGAACCCUGUUCUGAGGAAUGAUUACUCGAGAAAUGAAGUCACCAAAUGCAUCCAACUCGGAUUAUUAUGUGUUCAGGAAGAUCCAGCUGACCGGCCAACGAUGGUUACCAUUGUUCUAAAGCUCAAUAGGCACUCUGCCAAACUACCAAUGCCUAAACAACCAGCAUUUGUCUUUGAUAGUAGAACAGAUGGGAGGAUGCCAGACAAGGGGCUUGAAUCGGACCAAUCUACUACUCAAUCAAUGCCGUCGUCUAUCAAUGAGGUAUCUAUUACGGAAUUAUACCCUCGGUAAUGUGAGCUAAUGGAUGCAUCAUCAUCCUCAACCUCAAGGUAGAUAGCUAUCUACCGACGUUGAUCAACAAGUAAAAUUUUAAAUAAAGUGAUAAUUUAUUUAAAAUCAAUUUUAUAAAAUUAUAAUGUAAACAUGGAUGAUUAUUUCCUUAGCUAGAAUAAUAUAAUAUAAUAUAAUUUAUAAUAUUAUUAGGAUAUGGUGUCGAUAAUGUAAAAAGGAGUGUCAUGACCCAACCUAGGUCACUGGCCUCAUUUGGAUUUUUAUGUAAUUCUUAUGUAUGUGAAAACGAAUCGUUUUCUAUUUUCUCUGCAAUUAAUCUUCUCAUUUAUUAGUCUUUA